CUACUUACUACUCAUGUUUCUAUUUAGUGACACGUUUCAGUAAUUAAUAAUAAGCAUUAAGGUAUGAUAGAGGCAUGUGUACUUGUGGAUAUGUCAGUAUACACAAUGACAAGGUGAUUAGUUUAUUUACAUUUUAAGAGAUUAUUAAUUUCAUUCACGUUUUUAAUCAUAAUAAUGAACAGGUAUAAAUAUAUAAAAAGAUGAACAUGAAGUUUUGAAGUGAAGUACAAUUGAGUAUGACUGACAAGGAAGGUAGGAAGGAAGGAAGAAGGUGAGAGAAGUGUAAAUAAGGACGACAACAAAUAGAAGACUGUGAACUAAUCUUUACAUUCAGAUCAGUGUUCAUUUUAAUCAGAUUUGGCGACAUCAAAAUGUUUACAUUUUGACAUGAUCCUAGAAGUAUUCUUCACUUUCAAACGACUCAAAAAAGAAAAAAAAAGAAUUUUUUGGCAUGUUUUGGCGUAUUUCUUUAUUUAUUUCUCUUUCUUGUUUUCUUCAGAUCUAUGGAUGUCUCUCCUUUAAUCACAACACUCUCUGUCUUUUUCUGUCGCCUUCCUUCUCACAUUGUGUUUCUCUGUCCCUAUCUGUUUUAAUAUUAUCCAGAUAGAGAUGUUUAUUAGUAUUAUUAAUAUCAUAAGAAAUGGUUGGUUAAUGGUAUAAGAAUGAGAAAGAACAAAAAGUGAGUUUGUAUUCAUGUACUGCAGUAACUAUCCACUUAUAUGUAUGUAGUAGUUGCGAGUGUCUGGACUAAUGUGUAUGGGUGUCUCUACACUACCUACCUACCUACCAGACUAUGUAUGCAUAGAAUUGCACGUGGACACACAUACUAUAUUAGUGUAAAGUAUGCCUACAACAUAUACGAAUAAUACCUACAUAUAAAUAAUUCAUGUUUGUACAGCAUUGUAUAUUGAAUAGUCAGUCAGUCUUUCAGCUUAACAAGAAGACUGUUGCUGUUGUUGCAUUUAAAGAUUUUCUUUUUACAGUUCGUUAAUUUAUAAAUAUAUAACAAAUGUAUCCGAUAGAGUGAAAAUCACAUACACAGAAAUGUGUAUGGCUUAUUUGUUUUCCAAAGAAAAUCUGGCUUAUUUAUUAUUAAUGUUAUUAUUAUCAUAAUCAUCAUCCUCACAUUUUUUGAAUUUAUUCUAGUAAUAACAAUGUUACAUUAAAACAUUAAAACAAAACAUUGCUGAAUAAUCCGUUUACUUCUAUCUGGAAUAAAUUUAUCUAAUACUGAUAAUAAUAAAAUGAUGCAAAAUGGAGAAGAAUAAAAAGCAGUUAAUUUAAGUACUAAAAAAAAACAUAUUUGUAUAAAAAAAGUAAAAAAGUAACAAUGUUGAACAUUGAACAUACUUCAUUCAUAAUCCUGCAUAUCAUUACACUAUUCAAUGUAAUUUACUUGUGUUGUGCAGCUGAAACAGAAAAUAAUAAAUUAUCCACAUAUCAUGAUCCCUGUCAAUCCAACCCGUGUCAAAACAAUGCUGAUUGUGUAAAUAUUCAUGACUGGAAAGGUAGAACUUCAAAAAAUGGAUUGAACACACAGUCAGAUUAUUACUGUGUAUGUUUAAAAGGAUGGACAGGACAAAAUUGUACAGAAGAUAUUGAUGACUGUGUUAAACAACCUUGUUUAAAUGGUGGCACUUGUGAAGAUAGACCUAAUAUGCGAUUUUAUUGCCAUUGUCCAGCAGAUUAUGUUGGUCAGACAUGUGAACAUAGAAACCCGUGUCGCAUAAGUCCUUGUCUAAACGGUGGUUUGUGUCAAUCUGAUCCAUUUGGUCAGUUUUCUUGUAAAUGUCCACGGUGGUAUACAGGAUUACGUUGUGAAAAGGAAAUCAAUCCAUGUUACCCACAUUCUCCAUGUUUGGGCAAAAAUUCAGUCUGUUAUUUAAUAACAUCCAAGAAUAGAAUAAUUUCUGGUCCACCAUUUUUAAUUCGUAAAUCAGAAUAUAUUACAGAUUUUAAAUGUGACUGUGGCUCUGGUUUUACUGGUCGUUACUGCGAUAUGAAACAGAAUUUAUGUCAGAUGAACAGUUGUCAGAAUGGUGCAACUUGUUUACAGAAUGGAGAAAACUACAGUUGUCUUUGUCCCGUAGGAUUCACUGGAACCCUCUGUAAUAUACCUGUGAAUAAUGCCAAACAUCCAACUUCAAACUCCUCAAGUAUUCUAAUUCAGAAUAAAACAUCCAAGUUGAAUUCAAUGAACACUGACACAAAACAGAAGUUUAAUUUAUUCAACGAUUACUGUUCUCAUAUUGGAUGUGACAAUGCAAGACCUGGUGAUGGUAUCUGUCAAGCAAAUUGUAUUUAUGCGAAUUGUUUAAAUGCUGAACUUGAAUUAAAACACGACUGUCAGUAUUGGAUUAAAUGUUUACAGUUAACUGUACAACCUAUGAGACAGUAUAAUCAAACAACUUGUGUAGAACAAUUUAAAAAUGGUAAAUGUCAACCAGAAUGUAAUCGGAAUGAAUGUUACCUAGAUGGCUUCGAUUGUAUGCAGUCUGCGUCAUAUUGUGAACUUUCUGACUCAUGUCUAAAAACAUAUGGUGACGGUGUUUGCCAGAAACCUUGUAAUACAUUUCAAUGUGGAAAUGAUGGAGGUGAUUGUGACAAUGGGGCGAAAGAAGAAGAAAGUCACAAUUAUGUAAGAAAAUAUGUUUUGUUCUACUUGAACACAAAUCAAUCACAAUUUAUGGAAAAUCGUAAUCAAUUCUUAGGCAAUUUAGGACAAAUUCUUCAAGCACUUGUAAGACUUGCUAAAGACGAAUCUACUGGUGAAGAUUUAGUUGAAGAUAUUCCAAGUAAAUACCAAUUUAAGUUACUUUUGGAAGUGGUCAGUCCAUCAUCACCAUUAAAUUUAGUGUGCAAAGAAACUGACACACACUUGUGUACAAAUCCUAUUGUUCUACUACUUAAAACAAACGAGUUGAAAGACUACAUUUUAGCUGCGUUAACUACAGUCAAGUACAGAUCACUUUUCAGCAUCAAAUACUUCACAUUUGUUGAUUCUCCGAGUCAGUCUCACUUUAAAGCUCCAUGGGAAGAAGACAUUCCAUCUACAACAAGGAUUUCAAAGGAAGCUAUUGGUCUUUAUGUUUGUAUAUGCAUUCUAGCUGGAAUAACUAUUCUGCUGGUUCUGUUUCUUGUAUUCCAACGUGACAGUAGUUGGCAAAAGCCACUGAAAAGGGUUAGAACAAAUGGCAUCUGGUGUCCACCUAUACCACCAAUCUAUGAGAAGACUAACCAAGUUGAAAUGGUUGAACCUCAAUCAAUCAUGUAUUAUACUGGAAUAAACCCAACCGUUUCAGCAGAACCUACACCACCAUCAUCAAUGUUAAUACCAACAACUGUGAAUACACCUAAAACUUCAAACAAUGCAUUCAAACAAGCACUACCGUCGAACAUAUUCAGAACUUAUUUGAAUCCAUCUGUUAUUGAUGAGAAAGAAAAAUUCCUCCCUCACAACUGGGGAAAGUAUGAAAUUGAAGGAAAUCCUACCGGAGUCAUUACAAAUGAGAUUCCAAAUACCGAUUUUGAAUGGGUUGACGGUUACUCUCCACCUUGGAAGAAAAAAUGUUCUAAUCAGGACGACAUAGUGGAGGAUUUCUUAUCCGACAAUAGUAUGAAUUUGUUUACUUCACCAAAGUGUUUGGACAAUUACUUUACGAAACAAGAUGAAAUUUAUAGUUGUGGAAAAAAACUGGAAGAGAAAUAUCAACAAAGAGAGUGUCAACUGAAACUUGCGGAAAGAAUUGAUUCCUCUAUGUUUAUGCCAAAUCAAACAGCUAAGGAUUCAGAAGUCAUCGAUGUAAAUAAAAAUGCUACAAAUGUCAUUGGUAAUAAUGAAAUAAAACAGGUUAUUGUUGGUGUUGAUAAUUCUGUAAAAAAGGAACUUACUGAAAUCAUCACAACAAUGGAUGGUUUACAUCCAUGCAAUACCGUACAACACAACCAAAUUGAAAACCUCUUAACUCUAUACAAUAAACAGGAUAAAUGUGAAGACAAAUUUAUUGAUCACAAUAAACCUAUAGAAUAUUUAGAUGAAAAUUCAUCGAAGCCAUCUAUUCCACAAGACCAUAAUAUCCUGCAUUUAGCAGCUCAUAUGAAUGCUGGACAUGAUGUUAUCUCUAAAAUAUGCCAUAAUGUACAUGAUCAAGAAUCUUUUAACACCUUUUAUAUCGAUUCAUCGGGUAGAACAGCACUGUGUAACGCUGCAGCAGCUAAUUCUUUAGAGUCGAUCAAUUCACUUUAUCAUUUGGAAAAAGAAGUACUUGCCAGUAAAAAAUUAGUCAAGUGCCUUAAAUCAAAUCAAAAUUCUGCAUUGAAAUCCAGCUGUCGUUCAAGAAAACGUUGUCAACCGUAUGAAUCAGGUCAGUGUACACCAAUCAUAGCAGCUAUACAAGCAGGAAAUGAUGAAGUAGUUAGACUAUUGUUAGACGAAGGUUGUUCAUACAAUACAACUGAUCAAUAUGGACGUAAUGCUGUGCACUGGGCAGCAGUAACUAAUUCUAUCACAGCGCUGAGUCGUUUAGCACAGUGUAAAGGUUUUGCUAGACUAAUGAAUAUGAAAGAUGACUGGGACAGAACACCAAUCAUGUUGGCUAUACGUGAAGGUUGUGAAGAAGCUGUAGAAUUUCUUCUUGAGAAACAAGCGAAAAUUGAAGUCGUCGACUGUAUGGAAAAUGACUGUUUAUCAUUGUGCAUAGAAAAAGGCUACGGAAAGAUACAUGAAUUACUUUUAAACUAUAUCAGAUCAAGAGGUUUAGAUUCAAAGUUGGCAAUAGACGAUAACAAUAUAAGGUUGACUGAUGGAAAUCCUGUUAUACGUAAAAAAGAAAGAACAUUAAUGUCAGCAUUAGAAUCAGAGCAUACAAGAGUCCCUAUGACCACAGAGAUGAAUAAUCCAUCGACAGGAUUAGCACAGUGUGGACUAGGCCAGAUAACUGGACUUGACUGGGUAAGUUUAAGUGAUAACACAGAUUCAGAAGAGAUGAGUGAUUGUGAUAGGUCCACUGGAGACGUGGACGAAGAGGACGAUGAAAUUACUCCUAAAGUAGCCAACACAGACACACAUUCUUCAUCGCCGUCUGGAUAUCUAUGAUGAUGCAUCAUUUUUUAACAGAUUACGUAUACUUAUAAGAAUCGGAAGGUUAACAGAGUUAUGGGAAGUGUAAUGUAACUUAGAAAUAUUUUGUUUUUACCACACCGGUCUCUGCUAUACAAAGAAUAUAUUUUGAUGUAUUUAUAUUUUUGCUAGAUAAUAAGGGCUUUUUCUACUGUGUAACGCUUUUUGUUUAUUCAUAUUAUCUUUGUAUAUUGUACCUAAAGGAUAUUUCUUGUGUAUAAUAAACUUUUUUAACUCAUGAAUAUAAUUCGUUACUACUUAUUAAAAGGUAAAUAGUAGUAUAUACACCGGUAAAAGUAAAACUAACGAAUAUAUAUACCAUAGGUCUGUAAAAACUGCUUGAAAGACCUAACUGUGAAUACUGGUGAAGAAACAAAACAAAGUAACAAAGAUGGAACAAUUCAAUUUAGACUAGACUACACGCCACGACAUGAAAUUUGAAUAUUUCUCAUUUUCUAAAGGAUAAUUAAUAAUUACUGCAGGAAACACACCAUCAUACUAACUCUGCAGUUAAGUGGUGCAGUGCUGAGGUUUUUUCACUUUCUAAUUAGUGGCCCAAUUUUUGCUUUUGUUGUUGACUUUAUUGAUGGAUAUAGCAGAUUAUGCUUUUUGCAUAGUUUUUUAUAGUGUGAUCGGUUAUUGAAAAAAAACUAUGCUAGAUAAUGUCCUCUGACUGAUUGAUCUCAACGACGAUGAAACUGAUCGACAUUUAAUUACCAACCCACAUUGUGAUCUGAAUAACCUGAAGAUGAUUUUACAAUAGAAUGACACGAGCUCAUAUUCAAGAAGGGGUGGAUGAAUUGUCUUUUCUUUUGGUGUUGUAGAGAGGAAUUUUCAGUGAGU